AUGGAGUUUGGCUUCGCGCUUCGCCAGCAGUUCUUUCACAAGAGCAUGAUGCUGCUGUUGCAGCACGACGAGAGCUUCACCAAGGGCAUCAUACUCAACCGGCCUAGCGCGCUCGAGGUCCAGGGUGGCGGCCACGGCCAGGUCGCCGAGGGAGGUCUCUUCGUCGGAGCUGCCGCGGCGAAGGGAGAGCUCGAGAUCAACGCGCUGCACUCGCUCGACCAUCCCCGAGCGGACGAGCUGUCGACGCGCGUUAUCAAGGGCGUGUCCUACACGAGCCUCGAGGGCGCAAAGGAGCUGGUCGCGGCGGGCGGCGCGACGAAGGUGACUUUUGGGUACAUGGCCUCCGCCGACAGUGGCACGCUGCUCAAGGAGCUCUUGCGGCAGGCGAGCGCGCUGCCGCCGCCGUCGGAGGGAGCGGCGGCCGUGGGCGACAACGGCAUCAGCACGCGCGUGCACACCUGA